AUGGAAGCAUCCGGCGGCCCGUUGGGUCUAUUGAGUGAGACCCUCGUCGGUGUUAAUUCCAUCGCCCAUGGCCUGUGGUAUUGGUAUCACUGCGCUCGCUGCUCUAUGCCCUGGAUCUCGCUGGCCCUGCUCAGUGCUGCAGCUCUGCUCGUCUCCUUUCACCUAGCUACCUACUUCUCUCGCGCAAAGAAACACCCAUACCACCUCGUGAUACCCAUAACAUUCAUCUUGACCACUUCCUAUAUAAUCUAUAUAUCGGUUGGCAAGCGACACUGUCACUCCGGCCUGUUCUGCGGUGCCGUCGAUCAGGCGACGUUCAUUACUCCGUCCGGCGUAAAAGUCCCUCUCAACAUCUUCAACGAGGGCCGUGAGGAGGAGUGGGCUUCGACUGCGCUCAACCCUAAGGCUGUUGAUCCGCAGACAGCUUGCCAUGGCUACACAAUCUCCAACGUCAAGGAGUCGAAAUACGGAUUGACUGCGGAUCUGGAUCUCCAAGGAUGUGGAUGCAAUGUCUACGGCCACGAUGUGUGGGAGUUGAGCCUGGUCGUCGAGCAUCAGGCAAAGGACCGUCUGCGUGUUGAGAUCCUGCCCCGUUAUGUUAGUGCCGAGAAUGAGACCUGGUAUAUCCUUCCCGAGGAGCUAAUCCCGAAGCCGAAAGUCGAUGAUGGCUAUAAUGGGAAAGACCGGGAUUUCGAGUUUAUUCUAGCAGAAGGCAACGAGUUCGCCUUUUCUGUCAAGAGGAAGUCUACCGGCGAGACUUUGUUCUCUACGGUUGAUUCACACCUGGUAUUCGAGGACCAAUUUUUCGAGCUUAAGACUCGAACCAUCUUUGCUGCUGAUGCUGGGGAUCCCAUCGACGAGAACAUUUACGGUUCUCACCCAGUGUACCUCGAUACACGGUACUACAAGGAAGACUUACGUUCGAAAGAGCUGGUCUAUGUCACAAAUGCCACUGAUCCCAAGGAGAAGUAUGUAUCGUAUACCCACGGCGUGUUCCUAAGAAACUCCCAUCCCCUCGAAGUGCUUCUGAGAGACGAAGAGGUCGUCUGGAGAGGCCUCGGCGGUACGCUCGACUUUUAUUUCUACUCCGGCCCGACCGCCAAGGAUGUCAUCCGAUCGUACCAAACGAGCACCAUUGGCCUCCCUGCCAUGCAGCAGUACUGGGCUCUUGGAUUUCAUCAGUGUCGCUGGGGUUACACUGGAUGGAAAGAACUCCAGUAUGUCGUCGACGAGAUGGCCAAGGCGCGGAUCCCGCUCGAGACGAUUUGGGCGGAUAUCGAUUAUAUGAACCUUUUCCGGGACUUUGAAAAUGACCAGGAAUCCUGGAGCUACGAAGAAGGUGCCGACUUCUUGGACCGUAUUCACGCGAAUGGACAGCACUUUGUCCCUAUCGUUGAUUCCGCCAUCUAUUCUCCGGACCCGUCUGAUCCAAAGGGUGUCUAUCCUACCUAUGACAGGGGUAUCGAGGCUGAUGCCUUUAUGUUGAACCCCGAUGGGUCUUUGUAUAUAGGCCAAGUUUGGCCUGGUUAUACCGUAUUCCCGGAUUGGGUCGGAGCAGCCCUGAACGGGACCGGGACAUUCGAAUGGUGGACGGGCGAACUGACUCGAUACCAUGAGCACAUCAAGUUUGACGGUAUUUGGAUCGACAUGUCCGAAGUGGCUUCCUUCUGUGAGGGUAGCUGCGGAAGUAAUAGGACCAUCGGCAUAGACUCACCGCCAGACUUCCUCGCCGGUACUGUAUCACAUCAAAUGGGCGCGGAAGAGCAGUUGACACUGCGCGUGCACCCGCGUCAUCGAAGCGUCAACCGGCCGCCUUACAAGAUCAACAAUGUCCACGGCCCAAUUUCCAUCAAGACCGUAGCCCCGGAGGCCACGCACCAUGGUGGAAUCCUCGAGUACGACGUGCACAACCUCUUUGGCCACCAGAUCCUCAAUGCCACUUACCACGCCCUCUUGUCCAUCCAGCCUGAGAAGCGACCCUUUAUUAUUGGACGGUCGACGUUUGCUGGGUCAGGCAAGUACGCCGGCCACUGGGGUGGCGACAACUACUCGCUUUGGGCCUAUCUUUAUUUCUCCAUCUCACAAGCGCUCUCGUUCUCCAUUUUCGGCUUCCCAAUGUUCGGUAUCGACGCCUGCGGAUUCGGUUUGGACGCCGACGCCGAGCAGUGCGCUCGCUGGAUGGAGCUCGCCGCCUUCUUCCCGUUCUACCGAAAUCACAACGCAGUUGGGAGGCCUUCGCAGGAGCCGUACGUUUGGGAGGUGGUGGCCGAGGCGUCUCGCCGCGCCAUGAAGAUUCGGUAUUCGCUGUUGCCUUAUUUCUACACGCUCCUGCAGAGGGCGCACGAGCGGGGAGAUACCGUCCUUCGUGCGAUGGCGUGGGAGUUCCCCGACGAGCCUUGGCUGGCGGAUGCCGAUAGGCAGUUCCUCGUUGGACCGGCGAUCCUUGUUACUCCUGUGCUUGUGAAGGGAGCGACUUCUGUGGACGGUGUCUUCCCGGGCACGGGUAGUGGCACGGUUUGGUACGACUGGUACACGCACGAGAAGGUCCAGACUUCGCGUGGGGAGAAUAUUACUCUUGCGGCGCCGGUUGAGCACAUCCCGCUUCACAUUAGAGGCGGACACGUCGUUGCGAUCCAGGAGCCCGGUCUUACGACUAAGGAGAGCCGGCAGGGUGCGUGGGAGCUCCUGGUGGCACUUAAUGAAGACGGAACGGCGAGGGGAGAGGUGUAUAUCGAUGAUGGAGAAAGUCUUGUACAAGACAAGACUCUUGUCGUUGAUUUCUCCGCGAAGAAGUCGACCCUUACGGUAAUGCCCAAAGGCGUUUACAAGGAUGCCAAUGCGCUCAAGCAAGCGACGAUUCUCGGUGUCAAGUCCGUGAAGUCGGUGUCUUUCAACGGCAAAACUUUGACCAAGGGCUGGGAGUUUAACAAGACUAUAGGUGUGCUGAAGGUCGACCUUCAUCCGUACACUUCUGACGGUGCUUGGAGCGCGGAGUGGACUCUCUCUUGGGGCCAAAUUCUUGGGCCUGAGCCACUUCAACUUCUGGUUACUUAG